AUGGCUGAAGCUGAGUUUGACUCGCAGAGACGCGUCGAGUUGAUCAACAGGAUCGCUGCUGGUGCCGGUGGAGAGAUUGAUCAGCUUCUGUGGCCGUUUUUAUGGCUGGCAGAUCUCCCACCGCUGGACCUGAUAACCUAUCUUGCUGGGCUUGCGAAGAGACUUGAAGACAGCCAACUGCUGGUAAGAUGGACCCAGAGAACUCGUGAACGUACACCCUCCCCGACGCCCUCUCCUGCGCCAACGAUGUCAAGGCUUUCGGAGAUGGCAGUACCGGGCGAUCGGUCUGGCUCACCAACCUCAAGCGGAAUGGGUACGCCGCGUACUCGUUCCGAAAAAGCAGCAGACCUGUGCCGUCUAAGAGACAGUAAUAGAUGCGUCGUGACUGGUGCUGACGAUCCUGUUGAAGCGGCUCACAUUUUCCCAUUCUCCAUGAGGGGAUUACAGGCUCCGGAUAUCGUCAACGACACAUACAAUCCGUGGAGCGUUUUACGUAUGUUUUGGGGCCAAGAAAGGGUCGACGCGUGGUAUAAUGCCAUCACAGGCCCUGUGGCCACUGAGACCGUACAGAACCUUAUGUGCUUGGCUCCGUCAGUUCACAAGUACCAUGAGCGUGCUUAUUUUGCGUUGGAGCCCGUUGAGGAGGACACCAAAUCGCACACUCUUACGGUUCGUUUCCAUUGGCUACCCCAUAUGGCCAACCUCCGCAGACUAAAAGUUGAUACCCGUCCAUCAUUUCCUCGUGGUAUUGGUUGCGGCCGCCGGAUACGGCUGUGGGAGGUGGUGUCCGGCGACGAAAUCAUUUCGGGAACACUCAUCAAUAUCACUGGAUACGACGGGAUUCCCCUCCCUGACCUGGCGCUUCUACAACUGCAAUGGAUGCUUCAACGCAUCGUCGCCUUAGCUGGCGGCGCUGAAGUAUUCCAGGAAUCCAAUGAUGACGGUGAUGACGAUGAUUACUCUGAUUACCCUGAAGGCUAA